AUUCCACUUUUAAAAUAUUAAAAAGGACACAACAAAUCUGUAAAACAGUUGUGUGUUCUAAUUUCAAAUAUUUUUUUAUGAUUGGUUAUAGACAAGUAUCAGUUAACGUGAAGCGCAUACAAGGGUGCGCAGUGAAUUUGUGUUCCUAUAAAGGGAGCCGGCAAAAGCUGCCCCAUUCACAACUUGUUCGACGCCGACGUCACUUGCUCGAACUUUCGCAACUUUUACUGAAGUGACAACUGUUAUCAUGAGGACGGUAUUUUGCCUUGUUGCUCUAGUGUUUAUGUGUAAUGGUAUUAGCGGCUUGCUGCUGCCGGGAUUACGGUACGCCUCAAGAGAUGCGCCGUUGUCAUGGUUCUCGAGAGUUCGACGGCAGCCACUUCUCACACAUCGUGUCAUAGAUAUAAAUCAGGAUUGUUUCAUGGUUACGUCUGAAGAGGGGGAGUUAUUCUUCAAGUCACCGACCGAUGACCCAGUGGUGUGCGGUAUCUACAUGAUAGCUGAGCCCGAUAAACGAAUUCAGGUCACCUUCAACUACCUCGACGUGCCCUGCGAUAAUGGGGGACUUGUAGCGUGGAUUGAUGGAUGGGAGUUAAACGGCCAAGUGUGGCCGGCGGAUUCCUGGGAUGAUGAUAGAAUGAUAGAGUCUUGUGACCGAAGACCACAACGUAAGCUUGUUUCGCGUCAGAAUGCGGCUCUCAUUCAAUACCGAGUUCCAGCACGAGGAAAGGGCUUCGCUGUCACAAUACGACAUCUGAAGAACACACGACCCUGCAAUCUAAUGUUGUUCGGCGCUGAAGGAGUGUACACACUACGCAACCACGGCGAGGCCGGAAACUGUUCUAUCAUAGCAAUAUCACCCACAACAGUUCGUGUACUGGACUUGAAUGUUGGUCAGACGGUAAAAAGGGACACGCUACUAGAAAUGGAGACCGGGACUAUUCACCGAUGCACAAAGCGUGGCCUACCUGACUACGUGGACAUUGGUGGUGCCAGCGGCCUUGACCACACUCGAAUGGAAGUUUUCGACAGCUUGUGCGGUUUAGAUUCUAUUGAAGGGCAUCGUCCAAUCUCUAUUGCGUGUGAGGACACUGUGGUUCGACUGGUCUCUGCUGGACGCUAUCAAAACUCUAUAACCCUAGCCUUUUCUCCAUUGCCAAUGGAACACAUAGAACAUGCUGACUUAAUAUGUGGAUUAAAUGAUAUUUAAAAAACGUACGUCAACUUACAAUGUAAUGUGCGAUUUCCUAUAUGAAUAUAUUCUUCAUCCUCGUCCGGUUAGUUUAGUACAUGUUACAUGUUUAAAAGAUUUGUCUUACGAGAAACGUCAUCUAAAUAUUAAAAUAAGUACAGAGAUUUAAUUUAAAUAAUAUAACGAAUCUAUGUAUAUUUCAUCGUAUGAAAUUUUCACGUAAUUAACAAUGAAUCUUGGAAGACAUGGUUGCAUAGUGAAAUAUAAAUUUGAAAGUAACGUUUAUGAUGUUGAAGCUUAUAUUUCGAGAGUUGUAUAUAAAAUGAUGCAAUAACGUUUUAGUUUUUCCAUACACACACUAACUUGUGUAAUAAUAUGUCUCCUUAGAUUAAAUACUGAUUAAUAUGAUACAAUAGUUGAAUAAAUAAAGAUUAAAAGGCAGUGGAAUUUGGUUUUAAUAUGCUUGGAGUAAAUCUUGUACGUGUCAUAUAAUAGCCCUAUACAAUAUUCUAGUCAUAAUUAUUACAGUGUACUUUACCUAUAUAUGAGUAGAUCUUAAUAAAGAAGUUAUUGAA